CACCACCAUUGCAUCAACUUUGCGCCAAACGCUGCCGCUGCAUCCAAACUCCCUCAAACCACUCAAUUCGCUCACCGGAUACUCGUCCAGUCCCAAUCUAUCCCUCCAGAUUAAUAUCCGAUCUCAAACCGUCAUCAUGGCAGACAAGAAACGAGCCGUCGACUCAGACAAAGUCUGGACAACCCUCAUCACCAACACCGCCUACCUCCCCGGCCUCCUCACCCUCAACCACUCCCUCCGCGCCGCAGGCUCAAAAUACCCCCUCGUCGCCCUCUACACAGACUCCUUCCCCCAAGCCGGCCACGACGCCCUCAAACUUCGCGGCAUCCCCUCCCAGCGCAUCGACUACAUCCUCCCCACCAACGGAAAGGACUACUCCAACGACCCGCGCUUCUACGACUGCUGGAGCAAGCUCGUGCCCUUCUCCCUCACCCAGUACUCCCGCAUCGUCCAGCUCGACUCCGACAUGCUCGUCCUCCGCAACAUGGACGAACUCAUGGACCUCCCCCUCGACGACCCCCAAAUCCACGAAUCCGGCGAAAACACAUCUUCUUCUUCCUCCUCCAAGCGCGUCUUCGCCGCCGGCCACGCCUGCGUCUGCAACCCCCUCCGCAAACCUCACUACCCCAAAAACUGGAUCCCCCAAAACUGCGCCUUCACAUCCCAACACUCAGACCCCGAUACUGCACAAACCGUCGGCGCAGACCCUGCCGUCGGCCCACUGGGCUUUAUGAACGGCGGCCUGCAGGUCGUCAACCCGUCCGCCGCGCUCUACGACCAGAUCCUCGCCCACAUGGAGGCCGACGCCGUCAACAUGGAUUUCGCCGACCAGUCGCUGCUGUCUGAUUUAUACCGCGGCCGCUGGGUCCCGCUGCCUUAUACGUAUAAUGCGCUCAAGACGCUGCGCUGGGAUGGCGUGCACGCCCAGAUCUGGAGGGACGACGAGGUGAAGAACAUUCACUAUAUAUUGAGUCCUAAGCCGUGGGAUGAGAUCAACGAUGAGGGCGAGUGGACGGGGACUGAAGAGUCUCACAAGUGGUGGAUAGAUACUAAUAAGAAGAGGAAAGCCGCUGAGAAGGAGGCCGGCAUCAAUGACGAAUUUUGAGUACAGUACAGAAGUAAAAUAGAAAGAAAGGAAAGGAUGGGGUUUUGUAUAUUGGUCAUGGAUCAGUUGAUUUGGUUUGAUUAGACCAAGUUCUGUUUAUGGGUAGGCAACUUUGGCUUCAUCAUGUUCUGGGGUUUUGCAUCUCACAUCAAGACAUGUAUAUAUAUAUGCACAUAGGUACUAUAGACAUACAGGAUACAAGCCACAAAAAGCGAAUAGACCUAUUCUUUUGCACCCUCGAGAAUUUCAAUUCACAGCUCUGUUUGUAUAUAUCCAUAACCCGCAGGCGCUGUCUAUCUUGUAAUAUCUGUGCUUUGCUUGGGCCGUCAUUCUGUAAGUUAUCCUUGUAAUCCAUCCCAUUCCAAGCCAUUCCAGUACUAU